AUGGGGAGUUUUUAUGAGACAGAGGUGAAGUUGAAGAUGAUGAGUCCAGGAAGCCAGACAAACAUAGGACAUGUUGAACCGGAGCCCCAGGAUAGGGGCAAGUGGGGCAGCAAAAUUGAGUUCCUCUUGGCAGCAGCUGGACACAUUGUUGGACUGGGAAACGUGUGGAGGUUUCCAUACCUUUGCUAUAAAAAUGGGGGAGGGGUUUUCUUUGUCCCCUACAUUGUGUUCCUGUUUACCUGCGGUACUCCCCUCUUCUUCCUGGAGACAUCGUUGGGUCAAUAUACUAGUCAGGGUGGAAUUACUUGCUGGAGGAAAAUCUGCCCACUUUUUGAAGGGCUCGGCUACGGAAGUCAGGUUGUUGUUUUAUACACUGGAGUGUACUAUAUCAUCAUUUUGGCCUGGGCGUUCCUAUACCUCUUCUCUUCCUUUAGCUCAGAACUCCCAUGGGCCAGUUGUAAAAACAGUUGGAACACAGACAACUGUUUUGAGCAUGGCCAAAACAACACAUUCUCUGAUGACUCUCAGGGGAACACUGCAUCCUCAGUCACUGAAUUUUGGGAGAGAAGAAUAUUGGGCUUGUCUGGGGGAAUUGAAGAGAUAGGAAAUGUUCGCUGGGACCUUGCUCUGUGUCUUCUUCUGUCCUGGAUUAUCUGUUACUUCUGUGUCUGGAAAGGAGUCAAGUCUACUGGGAAGGUGGUUUACUUCACUGCCACCUUCCCUUAUGUGAUGCUGGGGGUGUUGCUUGUUCGUGGACUCACACUGCCGGGGGCCAUAGAUGGCAUUAAAUUCUACCUCUAUCCAGAUCCAGCCCGCCUCGCGGACCCACAGGUAUGGAUGGAUGCGGGAAGCCAGAUAUUUUACUCCUUUGGAGUUUGUACAGGAGUUUUGACAGCAUUAGGCAGCUACAACAAGUAUAACAACAACUGCUACAGGGACUGUGUGUAUCUUUGCCUGCUAAACAGUUUGACUAGCUUUGUAGCAGGUUUUGCCAUCUUCUCUGUACUGGGCUUUAUGGCGUACGAACAGGGCAUGGACAUCUCCAUGGUGGCUGAAUCAGGUCCUGGCUUGGCAUUCAUCGCCUACCCUCGUGCUGUGGCCAUGAUGCCAGUACCCCAGCUCUGGGCCAUCUGCUUCUUCGUCAUGAUCAUCGUCCUUGGCUUGGACAGUGAGUUUGUGAAUCACGAGGCCCUGGUCACAGCUAUCUCAGACAUGUACCCCUCUUUCUUCUAUGUGGGCCAUCUGCGGAAAAAAUUCCUUCUUGGCAUUUGUGUGUGCAGCUUCCUCAUUGGCCUGCUAAUGGUCACAGAGGGUGGCCUGUAUGUGUUUCAGCUGUUUGAUUACUACGCCUGUAGUGGUAUGACUCUCCUCGUCUUUGCUAUUCUCCAGGCUGUCUGUGUUGGAUGGUGUUAUGGUGCGGAUAGGCUCUAUGAUAAUGUAGAGGACAUGAUUGGCUACCGUCCGUGUUCAUUCAUGAAGUUCUGUUGGAUGUACAUCACACCAGUCACAUGCAUAGGGACAUUUGUCUUCUACCUGGCCAAGAGUACCCCCCUCAAACUCAACAACACAUACAUUUACCCCUGGUGGGGCUACGCUAUUGGUGGAUUCUUUACUCUCUCCUCGACACUGCUUGUUCCAUUCUGGAUGCUGUACAAGAUCAGUGUCACCCCUGGUUCACUGCGGCAGAGACUUGAUGUGUUAACCAGGGCAGCAGAUGACCUACCCAAACCCAUGUCCCAGGAGGCCCUCCACCUCCCAGAAGUGUUUCAGACAUUCACAGAACUUUGCACGUUACGGACACUAAGCCGAACCCCUACAGUCACCGCAGCUGAGUGCAAUACCAGCACAAAGACAGUAUCCAGUAACAACGAAAGACCCUGUUGUGGAAUGUGAAACAUUGAUUCUGACCAGAGAGACCAGGGAUGGAUGUCCCUUCUGAUGCCUCUUCAAGAUGCAGUCUGGGACUUGCAAAUAACAAUUACAUUUUGAAACCUCCCAUUUUGUAAAUGAUUAGUCAGAAGCUGUAUCUGUACCCCAGUGCCUUU